GGCAAGAUUUGUACUCAUAGAAACAUUUCGUCUGAGAAUUCAGUUAGACACAACAGUGGUUGCACUUGUACUUUGGUUUUGUAAUGCAAAACACAUUGACAGAACUUUAAUUUUUACACAACAAAAUCUUUUUGCAAGCGCACACAUUUUUUGGGGGAAUAUCAUUUUCUUGCAAGUACACAUAUUUUUAUACAAGCACGAACUUUUUUGGAGCAAACACACAUUGUUUUUGGGGAGUGGCAAAAACUUUCUCAUGCAAGAUCUUUGCUGUUUUUUUUUUUUUUUGUUAACCUGUCCUGUUCAGCUGCUUAGACAUGAACGAUAGCAAUCUGAGUCUCCUUAUGGUCUGAACUAGUUUUGUUCCAAUCAUGUUUUUUUGCUCCCGAUCCAAUCCCGAUCGUUUUAGUUUGAGUAUCUACCGAUCCCGAUAUUUCCCGAUCCGAUUGCUUUUUUUUGCUCCCAAUAUACAUUCAACAUACAGUACAUAAGUACUGUAUUUGUUUAUUAUGACAAUAAAUCCUCAAGAUGGCAUUUACAUUAUUAACAUUCUUUCUGUGAGACGGAUCCACGGAUAGAAAGACUUGUGACUUUGUAUAUUGUGACUAAAUAUUCUAGUGUAUUUGUUGAGCUUUCAGUAAAUAAUACUGUAGGUAUGCCCAAAUGCAUGAUGGGAAGUGGAACUCUGACUGUGCGUAGUGCUACCAAUUGAUAUAUCUUCUCUGCGUGAGAAAUAACAUAAGGUGUUAAGAAAAAGAUCAAUUGCUACCUUGCUUCCCACAUUUCUUCCCAUGAUAUUUCUAAUCGUAGGGAGAGGGAUUGUAAGGCUUUAGCCAAUUAAAAAAAGGCUCCAAAGGCUGCCAAAAUUUACUCUACUCAUUUUACGCUGCCUUUUUGUCUCUCUAUAUGGGUAAAACAGUGCCAUUACAGAUAGAGCGCGACAAUGCGUGAGUAGGUCGUGCAGCGCAUGCAUUAAUUACGUUAAAUAUUUUAACGUGAUACAUUUUUUAAAAAAAUUAAUUACCGCCGUUAUUAGAAUAAAUUUGAUAACCCUACCUUAAGCCUAAACUAAAGACUCUGGAAGAGUGUAACAUAUUAUGUCUGCAACUUUAAGUACAAUUAGAAAACGAUUUAAUUAAAAAAUAUACAGUAUAUAUAUUAAAAAAAGGCAUGGCCGAUAUUUUUUUGCCGAUUCUGAAACUUUGAAAAUAACGUGAUCGGACCCGAUCGAUCGGCAUCAUCAAUCGGGACGUCUCUAGUCUGAACAGUUUUAAUGUAUCACAUGGGAGUUUGGUUUACUCCCAUUGUGGUUGUUCAUUAUGUUUUAUUUAUUAGGAGAGGUUAUGGGGGACAGAAGGGAAGGAAGCAGACAGAAGAGGAGAAUAACGGACAACCGAAAAAAAAAAGGAAUACAUUUAUACACGCUGUUAUGGUAGUGGGCAGAGAACCACAAAACAGGCACGUGAGAUGGCAAGGGUAGGAAACAGUUUAUUUAAUACAGAGGCAUGGUGUCCUUGGGGUUGAGAGCAUGGGCGAAGAUACCAAUAGACAAGAGGCGUAGGUGAGAUACUAGGACGAAGCAAAAAAGUCAAUGAUCAGAUGAGCACAUUCAGAAAUAUUCACAACGCGAGAAAACACUAACAGUGAACUGAAACAAGAUUCAGCAACGCGGUGGAGCUUAUGUAGGCAUUUGAUGAUUGCUGACACCUGCCGUUGCUCCACCCAUCAGGUGCUGGUCCUGUGAUGGGAUGACAGACACAUCCACACACUCGCCCAGCAUGGGGCCUGACACAUACACCUAUGCUACCUAUGAACAUAGUGGUGUUAUCGUUAGCUAAAUAUAUUUACACCGUGAGGGGCCUGAUAACCGAGGAGAAAGAACAAAAAAGAUACGAAAACCAGAAGUUUCAAGCUCAGCAAUGACAACCUACGGUAACAUGUGAAUCCUGAAGCAGAUUGCCAACUUUCACAUCUGUCAAGGUAUGGAUGUUUUUCUUUAAUUGCUGCUACUCGAGAAACACAACACAGUGCUGUUUGUCAAUUUUGUCAUGAUGAUGGAAGAAAAGGACAAUAAGUGUUCUGUGAGGUUUGUGAUUGUUCAGUUUGAGAUACUUGCUAAGAAAUUGGAUCAAAGACCAUCAUGUGAAACUACUUGUAACAAAUUCUUCAGAGCCUAAGGAGCAGAGCAAUGACACACUACAAAGGAUAGCUUUACGACUGCUUUACCCUUGGCACAUUAUACAGCAGAAUAUAAAGCUGACAGAUCAGUGGUGAGCUGGUCUUGUUAUUCAUUCAUCCUCCGAAACGCUUAUCCUCAAGAGGAUCGCAGGGGUGCUGGAGCAUAUCCGUUAACAACGGGCAGGAUGCAGGGUACACAUUGAACUUGUUACCAGCCAGUCUUGUAUUGCAUUUUUUUAAAGUAGUUUUCAUUUCUUCAAAAAAAAAAAAAAAAAAAAAAAAAGAUAAAAUAAUAUAAAAAAUAUACAAUAAAAUCCUUAUAAUAAUCCAUAAUCCAAACCUGUUUUAGAAAUAAUACUGCGGCAUUAUUUUUUUAUUCACAUUUUAAUUAUUUUUAUUUUUUCUAUCAGUCUCACGGGUCGUCAGAGACAACUGAAAAUUCAAAUGGUGCGAUCGCGGACUUGCAAAUUUCAGCUAUGACGUCGACUAAGGGAGACGAAUUUCGAAAGUCUGCCAUUUACAGGCAUCAAUGUGGGAACUGUCCGCCACAAAAUGCCAAAUUAUUGCGUUGUCAGUGGAUUUAGGGAUCUCAACGAAUGGAUUUUUCAAUGAGGGAUGCACUGAGAUGAGGGUGGGUUAUAUUUUCGUGAACCUGGACGGAGGGCUAAGAUGAAGCUAUACAAGGAGGAACGCAAGCGAAGCAUUUCUCUGAUCCAUGACCAUAGCUUAAAUAUUGCUUGAAUAUUAUGUGUUUGUAGGAGAUACUAAACAAUUUUCUACAAUGUUGACGGCGAUUUCUGUCAUGCCACGUCACUUCCUGUUUUAUUUUGAAAGCUUCACCCUCUUCAUAGUCGCGUACUUGCCCUUCCUCUUGUCAUCUAAUCACCUAUUGUUUCCACCUGUUCCUCAUUACCUUGUGUGUGUAUUUAAUGCCCUAGUUCCCCUUGUCUUGUGCAGAAGUGUCUUUCAUGUAAGGUCAGUCACGUCAGCCUCUCGCCAUAGCAUCAUAGUUAUUCGGUACAUUAUCCUCCAUUGGAGUGCUUUGCGUUUGUAACUUUUUAUCCUAGCCAGCUUGAAUUUUUCCUCCUUGUGGAGCGCUUUAUGUUUUUGCAUUACCUCCCGUUUGGAGCGCUUUGUGUUUGAAACCUUAUUUUCUUUCUAGUCACCCUGACUCAUUCCUCCAUUGGAGCGCUUUUUGUUUGUGCUUUUUUUCAUCCCCGCAUGUCAGCGGAAGAACCUGUGUUUUCAAAAUAAAUUUUUGCCUGAACCUCCGCAGCUGAGUCCGCCUCGUCAUCUCGGCCUGACAGAACACUUCUGCCAGAAAUGGACCCAGCGGAGUCUCCCGAUUUUUUUGCCACGAUCCGAGAGCAAUCGGCUCGUCUCACCUGCCAGGAGGACUUUCAAGCCACAAUGGCUGCACAGCUGGUCCUAAUGCACAAUCAGUUGAAGGAGCUCACAGCCCAGCUGCUCCCAGCACAACUGGCUUCAGUUUCCAAUACCCCUGCCUGCCCCCCUCCUGCUUCUUCCGCCCUGGUUCCUGGAAGAGGACCAAGAUUGGCGCCGCCAGAGCGAUUCUGCGGGGACCCAGGUACUAGCCAAGCUUUCGUCACGGAAUGCAGUAUGCACUUUGACUGUUCCCCCCAUGAGUUCACGACUGACCGUUCUCGUAUUGCCUUCAUGGUGUCCCACAUGUCGGGACAGGCCCGAGCCUGGGCCAUGGCUGAGUGGGAGCGUGAUUCGUGUUCGUGCCACAACUUGUCCUCAUUCAUAGAUGCCCUAAAGACCACUUUCGACCCAGUAUGCUCCGAAAGAGAUCGAGCAAGAGAGCUCAGCAGCCUGCGUCAGGGUAAAGCCUCGGUCAAUGACUAUGCCAUUCAGUUCCGUACCCUGGCCGCAGGUUGCGGCUGGUGCCACACCGCACUCUAUGACACCUUUUUUAAGGGGCUCUCCCACUCUAUCCGGGAUCGCCUGGUACCACUCGACCUCCCGGAGGAGUUGGACGACCUCAUUGCCCUCGCCAUACGCACCGACCAUCGCCUUGAGGAGUUGAGCAGGAGCCGGCCAUUUCAAGCUGUGAGGCCACCUCCCCAGUCGCUGGUGCAGUCAGGACCUCGCCGCACCCACAUCCUACCGGCCUCACCUCCUAGGGAUCCUAACGAUGCCAUACCCAUGCAGCUUGGUCCCACACGCACCUCCCCUGAGGAACGCAAGCGCCGACAACUAGAGGGGCUAUGCUUCUACUGUGGGAGUUCGGGACACCUUGUGGCAGGUUGCACCGCCCGCAGGCCCAGACCGAGCCAUGCCAGUCAACCAGCGAACCCCACCCACCGCUCUACGACCACAGUCCAGGUAAAGCACAGAGCUUUGUCAUGUACACUCGCUGCCCUGAUAGACUCCGGUGCGGACGACUGUCUGAUGCCUUGGGGGGUUUGCCAUCUCAUGGGCCUUCGUGCUAUCCCUCUAGAACGACCCCUGGUGGCCAGAUCUCUCAAUGGUGAGAGACUGUUUUCUAUCACCCACUCUUGCGAGCCUAUAGAAGUCACUGUCCAAGGACACACUGAGACAAUGUCUUUCCAUUUGUUUUCUGCCCAAGCCCAGACAUUGGUUUUAGGCCUCUCAUGGCUCCGCAAGCACCAACCACAUAUAGACUGGAACUCUGGGUCCGUACUGGGGUGGGGUGCGGACUGCAAGGGACGUUGUCUGAUAGAGAAGAACCCCGGGGUCAAAGGUCCUGUUAUUGGUGAGACCGCAAUUAAUAAGUUUUCUCUCUCUAUCACUCCAGAACCAGAUAUUGAUUUGAGCACCAUCCCAGAGUGCUAUCACCAUUUGCGCCAGGUUUUUGACAAGGCUCGGGCCCAGGCUCUGCCACCCCACCGCCCCUAUGACUGCGCCAUUGAUCUCGUCCCGGGCUCCACCAUCCCUAGGGGGGGCCUCUAUCCCAUCUCCGGACCUGAGAAAGCUGCCAUGCGCGAAUACAUCCAGACCUCCUUGAAAGCAGGGCUCAUCCGUCCUUCUUCGUCCGCGGCUGGAGCAGGUUUCUUUUUUGUCGGAAAGAAGGACGGGUCGCUCCGCCCCUGUAUUGACUACCGCCGGCUCAAUGAUAUUACCGUAAAGAACCGCUAUCCCCUCCCCCUCAUGUCUUCGGUGUUCGACCAAUUGCAGAAGGCCAGGGUCUUCACGAAGUUAGACCUGCGCAGCGCCUACCAUCUAGUCCGCAUCAGGGAGGGGGAUGAGUGGAAGACUGCUUUUAACACCCCAGACGGCCACUAUGAAUACCUGGUCAUGCCCUUCGGUCUCACGAACGCACCCGUGUUCUUCCAGGCUUUGAUCAACGAUGUACUCCGUGACUUUCUUGACCGUUUCGUUUUUGUUUAUCUAGAUGACAUCCUUAUUUACUCCCCGGAUAUAACUACCCACAAGCAACAUGUAGAAUCUGUUUUAAAGCGUCUUCUCGCCAUCAAGACCGCUCUAGAGGAGUGGCGGCAUUGGCUCGAGGGGGCGGAGCAACCCUUCAUAGUUUGGACAGAUCAUCGCAAUCUGGAGUAUCUCAGGACAGCUAAGAGACUCAAUUCUCGCCAGGCCAGGUGGGCGCUCUUUUUUGACCGAUUCUCCUUCUCUAUCUCUUACAGGCCGGGGUCCCGGAACAUCAAAGCAGAUGCCCUCUCUCGCCUUUACGACCCCGAGCCUGUAGCCAAGGAACCUGAACCCAUCCUGCCACUGAAUUGUGUGGUAGGGGCGGUAACUUGGCAAAUAGAAACGGAGGUUAAGCAGGCAUUAGGGGGGGUCCGGACACCUCGGGGGUGCCCUGAGAACCUACUUUUCGUCCCGGCUAACCUACGCCCCCGGGUGAUCCAAUGGGCCCACUCCACGCCGCUUUCCUGUCAUCCGGGAGUCAGGCGCACCAUGCACGCCAUCUCCCGGAGGUUCUGGUGGCCAGGCAUGGAGCCGGAGGUCCGGGAGUACGUUGAGGCUUGCUCGGUCUGCGCCCGAAACAAGACGUCCACCAGACCACGCAUGGGCCUCCUUCAACCUCUCCCGAUUCCCUCCAGACCAUGGGCAGAGAUAUCAUUGGACUUUGUCACGGGGCUCCCUGUUUCCCAGGGAAACACCACGAUCCUCACGGUAGUCGACCGGUUCUCCAAAAUGGCCCACUUCAUAGCCCUGCCAGCCUUGCCCUCUGCUAAGGACACUGCAGGAAUCAUGAUGAGACAGAUAUUCCGCAUUCACGGCUUCCCCCGGGACAUCGUCUCUGACCGGGGGCCACAGUUUGUGUCACGCUUUUGGAAGGAGUUCUGCCGUCUCAUCGGAGCCAAGGCAAGCCUCACGUCGGGAUACCAUCCAGAGUCCAACGGCCAGACCGAGCGCCUCAACCAACAGUUGGAGACCGGCCUCCGGUGUCUGGUAUCCCAGAACCCAUCCACAUGGAGCAACCACCUGGUCUGGGUCGAAUAUGCCCACAACACGCUUCCCACCUCCGCCACAGGUAUGUCACCCUUCAAAUGCGUCCAUGGCUACGAUCCGCCUUUGUUUAGUGCACAGGAGCGUGAGGUCUCUGUCCCGUCGGCCCAUGCCUUGGUCCGCCGUAGCAGGCGCAUCUGGGAAGCAGCUCGACAAGCCCUCGUCCGACAAGGGGAUCGGGUGAAGAAGGCCGCAGACCGCCACCGACGUCCAGCACCCGCCUACCAGGCGGGACAGCGAGUAUGGCUAAGCGCCCGAAACCUUCCCCUCCGUGCCACCUGCCGGAAGUUGGCCCCCCGCUUCGUGGGUCCAUAUCCAGUCUCGAAGGUCAUAGGCCCGGCAGCAGUGCGUCUACGUCUUCCACGCUCCCUGAGGGUCCACCCCACCUUCCACGUCAGCCAAGUCAAGCCUGUGGUGGAGAGCUCCAUGGUACCUGUGCCACCCCCUCCACCUCCUCUGGAAAUCGACGGCGGCCCUGCCUACCAGGUCAAGAGGCUGCUGGCGGUGCGGCCCCGAGGUCGUGGCUUCCAAUACCUAGUGGACUGGGUGGGCUACGGCCCGGAGGAGAGACAAUGGGUUCCCUCACGAUUCAUCCUGGACCCCUCCUUGAUCAGGGACUUUCACAGGGACCACCCCGACCUGCCUGGACCGUCUGGCAGCCGGUCCUAAAGGGGGGGGUUCUGUCAUGCCACGUCACUUCCUGUUUUAUUUUGAAAGCUUCACCCUCUUCAUAGUCGCGUACUUGCCCUUCCUCUUGUCAUCUAAUCACCUAUUGUUUCCACCUGUUCCUCAUUACCUCGUGUGUGUAUUUAAUGCCCUAGUUCCCCUUGUCUUGUGCAGAAGUGUCUUUCAUGUAAGGUCAGUCACGUCAGCCUCUCGCCAUAGCAUCAUAGUUAUUCGGUACAUUAUCCUCCAUUGGAGUGCUUUGCGUUUGUAACUUUUUAUCCUAGCCAGCUUGAAUUUUUCCUCCUUGUGGAGCGCUUUAUGUUUUUGCAUUACCUCCCGUUUGGAGCGCUUUGUGUUUGAAACCUUAUUUUCUUUCUAGUCACCCUGACUCAUUCCUCCGUUGGAGCGCUUUUUGUUUGUGCUUUUUUUCAUCCCCGCAUGUCAGCGGAAGAACCUGUGUUUUCAAAAUAAAUUUUUGCCUGAACCUCCGCAGCUGAGUCCGCCUCGUCAUCUCGGCCUGACAAUUUCUAUAACUUCUCUCUCAUCACCGUCAUCACGAUCACGUCAUCUGCUGGAGAUUCUGCCUCCGGCUCAUAAUGUAAUCGAGAGGAUUUCCAUCGUCGUCAGCAUAUAUAUGAUCCUCAAAACCAUCUUCCGCUAAAACAUUUUCAUAACCCCUUAAGAUCCACAUUUUUUCUGCUGGGCAAAAAAGCAAAAUAAAAUCUGCGCUGAUUUUUGCUCUACUCAAACACCACAACAAAGUGGAAUUUUUUGGUAGGGAAUAUUUCAUGCGUUUAUUGGUUAUUUUAAUAUUAAUGUGUUUCUGAUGAGGAAUGAGCACUUAACGUUAUAUUUUUUUUAAGUUGCGUUUGGUCAGCCAUUUUCAAAGAGCCAAAAAUAGCAAAGAAGGCGUGCCAAACCUCAUGAUUUGAUUUCAUUGGGUAAACGUUUCAUCGAAUCAUCUCCCAGAAGUGGCAGUAGCAACUAAAUUGUGUAUUUAUUGGUUUAGAGACACGAACGCGUCAAGUCCUUCAGCAGCAUGGUUAGUUCUGAAGGGGUUAAUGUUUGACUAGCUAAAGAAAGACGAGGUGUCCGACAAUUGUGCCGUAUUAUGUAGGUUAAAAUAUCCGUGCAGCUAUUUCGUUAUAACUUUGGGUUUAUCCACCUGCCUUUUGUCCAUUGCAAGUUUAACUGAGAAGCCAAAAAGUAUUUCCCUGCACUACCACCGGUUGUAGCGUCUCCCACCGGGCACAGUUUGAGGGUUUGUUGCAACACCGCCAGCCGCUCCAGGCGGGCUGUUCUAAAAGGGAGCCUGAGCGUCCAAUACAUAAGGUGUCUGUGAGGAAACUCCCAGAGUUGGUUACGCAGAUUGCAUUUAACUUGUGCAAAAAAUAUAUUUCAUGGGAAAAAAAUUUUUUUUUAAAUCAUAAAACCAAACCGAAAUGGUUUGCAGAAGUGAAAAUGCAAAAAGGAAACGAUUCAAUACAUCUUCGUGAACCGUUACACCCUAGUGAAAAGGGAUCUGGCACAUAAGUCGUCCGUGUGUAAACUCCUACAGUUGUUUCUUCACGUAGCGCUUAGCUUGUGCUAUCGCUAUAUAUAAUAAAUUUAAUGAGGAAACAGUAACACGAAACAAAACCAAAACUCCAUGUAACUGAACCGAACCAAAAAUACAAAACCGAAACGGUUCACUACAUCGACGUGAGACGUUACACCCUCAUUGAGCAGUGUAUUGAGUUGUAUAAACUGGUAUUUGUGAAUACAACUGCCUCCCUAUGGCGAAGUCACAUUGUGUGGUAAAUGUUUGACCACGCUGAUGAAUUGGCUGAUUGUCUUCGGAACUUCUGCGGGGUCGGAGAGUAAAAUCAGCUUUUCAAUUAGUGUGAAAAAUAUUUAACGGAGGGUGAGAGCUAUAUCUACAUACAUUAUAUAGUAAUAGCACUAGAACUACCAAGGGUGGAUCAAUCUAUACAAAUCCUUCUUUGUAUCCAGAGAAGGGUCAUUUGACCUUAAUCAGCAUAUCUUUUCUGAGCAUUGAGGUCCUCAUUAGUCAUUCCUAUUCACACUCGCAAAACCACAGGGUUGGAUUGCUCCAAUUAGCAUCUUAAGUGUUUACAGGGCUGAGCUGCCUUGACUUUGUCGGACAGUGGACCAUUCAGGUAGGCAAUCAGGCGGACAACCUUUUUACAUAUUCAAAAGCUGCAGUUUGCCUACGUACAAGGGACGGUGUAACAAAAAACAAAACAAAACAUUUUUUAUGUGGUGACAUAUGACACUUCACCCUUUUCCCGGGGCUAGAUGUUGGAGGUUGUUGCUGAAGCAAUUUUUCCUUCUGCUCCUUCUUUGCGCCCACAUGAGAGUGAGCCAAUUCCUUUGCAAGAUCCACCAAGAAGUCCACCCUUCUCUCUUGCCUUCCGGUGCAUGCCCAAUACAGUACAACACAUAUGCAUUCAGUGCUGCCAUGUCAGUCAUAUUGUAGAACUGACCAUCUCUGUGUUCCUCUGUGUUUGACAAAGCCAGGGCCCUGGAUUUGCAAAUAUGCUAAUUGCAGCUAUCCACAGAAGUGUGUAGGGGGGUUGUCUGCUGGAUUGCUGGAUUAAGUGGUCUACUGUUUGACAAAGCCAAGAAGUCAGUUCGGUAUCAGGGUCAUUUAGCACCUU